AUGUUUCAAAAUAGAUUUUGGCCGGAUCUGAACACUGGAAGUGGCCGAGUGGGAGUCAUGAUUGACAUCACCUCCAGGACUCGGACUUGGAACCAAAGCAACUGGAUGGUCUCAAGUCAAAAUCUGAAAACCCGCGAGGGUGAAAUGUUACACUCCAUGUUAAGCAUCAGCUCUGGAGUUUGA